GCGGCCGGCUGUUGCGGGAGGGUGUGUAGUCGCCAAAACUAAGUCUUGGGGUUUCCCCUGAGCAGGAGCGGUCCCUGAGAGCCUCAGGUUUCAGUCCAAGCUCCGAAUGGCUGGUCUCCAGUUGGCGCUGCCUCUGCCUGUGGGCAUUAUGCUCCCACAUAAUAAAGCGGAAGCUCCAGAGCUCCACUCAACGAAACAAGAUCCCCAUGAAAAAGGUGACUCUUCCCAGCAGUCCUCUAUGAGGCACCUGAGGAACAAUUUCCAGCAGAAGCUUUUGAGCAAUGAGGAGCUGAUGCUGGAUAAUCUCUACACUCACCCCAAAUGGAACACCUGCACAAAAGCCCGGAGCUACUCUUAUCCCCAUUGUGCUGGAAUCAGCCCGCAAGAUGCAAGGAGCAAUCCUCAGGGCCAAGCAAAGGGUUCGUUUUACUUAUCAGGGCCCCAGUCCUGGUACCCCAAAGCAAAUCACCAGGAGCUCAUCCCCUUUACAAAGAAGCGAGUUGGGGUGGACCGGGCAUACCCACUGAAACCUGUGUUUCACCGGAAGUCCCAUAGUACAGGUGAGGCUGGCACUGAUGGGAACCAGAACAUCUCUCCAAGACCCCCUGGGCAAAGAAAGUUUUCAUAUAGUGGCUUCAGUUCAAGGAACUGGGUGAAUUCAUCUGUAGCUGGUACCGUUGCUGCCACGCAGGAGGAAAGGGUCAUUGCAGACCCCAACAGGACAGAGUGGAUGCAGAUCCAAAGACUGGAAGCUGCAGGGGAGAGUUUAGAGGAGGAAAUCCGCAGAAAAGAGACUCUACUGAGGGAAAAGCUGAAGAAGACAGAGGAGGAACUCAGAAGGAUCCAGAAGGAGAAAGAACAGGCUGAGGAAAACGAAAAGAGAGAGCUGCACAGAAUGGUCCUCUCCGGGAGGAGAGUUACAGGCAGUAGCAACACCACAUACAAACCUGUCUUCUCCCCAGAAUUCAUGUCCGAGGACGUCUUCAGUAGAGACAAGGGAGAGGAUGAAACUUGGGGACGAUUUCAAGAAAGUUCUAGUCCAUUCCAGUUCUCUGAUUAUGAAAUUCAGAAGCUCAAAAGAGAAAGACUGGUGGCAAGCAAUAACAAAAUCCGAGACCGAGUCUCAGGGCCAUUGAAGGGGAAGUUUUGUCAAGCUUCAGAAGCACCACUCAGGGCUUUGUGGAGAUCCACCAGCAAUUCUAGCUUGCCUAGGGCACCAGACUCCUUGGGCUCCAGCUGUUCCACUGAAGAGCCAGAACUGGGUGAGUGCAGCCACUGUGGCCGAAAGUUUCUCUUGCUUAGGCUGGAGAGACACUCCAACAUCUGCUGCAGGAUGCAGGGUUCCAAGAGAAAAGUGUUCGACUCCUCCAGGGCCCGGGCAAAGGGCACAGAACUAGAGCAGUACUUGAACUGGAAGGGACCAGUCUCAGUCAAGGCUGAACCUCCUCACAAGAGCAACUGGAGACAGAAGCAUGAAUCUUUUAUCCGUACCCUCCGUCAGGCUCGAGAGGUCCAGGAGGUAAUUGCCAAAGGUGGAAACCCCUCAGACCUGCCUCCCAUCCUGCCUACAGAAAAUCCAGACUACAUUCAGUGUCCUCACUGUAGCCGCCACUUUGCUCCCAAGGUGGCAGAGCGGCACAUUCCCAAGUGUAAGACCAUCAAGAAUCGUCCUCCGCCUCCAAGGAAGCAUUACAGUUGAGCAGACAACAGUGGAAACCUCCUCAGUAGUCCAGAAGGCUCUGCUUCUCUUUAGCAGUAAAAUGGAAGUAGGAUAAUUUGAUUCAGAGCAGGAAGAACUAAAACUUUUACGUAAAUCUCCCAGGUCUGCCUGCAGAGCUGAACUUGGUGAAGAGAGACCCAUUACUAAGCAGCAGGAGGCAAAAGAAAGCCUCAGCUUUCCACUAAAUCACCGCCUCUGGCUCGUGUGCUUUAUGUUAUUGCCCUUAAGAAAUGUUGGGUGAAGACAUGUAAGAGUAGCAAGUAGGCUACAUUAAAGCUCUCUUCUGGCAAGCCUGAUUAUGGUUUG